AUCGAAAUGCUGGGCAGUGUUUUCCGGUGCGACUACGAUGGUGUGCCGGGAGUUGCUUUGUGGCAACGGUAUAUUUAAGAGUGGUUCCAGCGCACCAGCAACUCAUUCCACAUCGUACCGUUCACCAGAAAGCUGUUUUCAACGACUCGAUCAUGCGCAGCACAUCUUUAAAGUACUUGACACUCCUGCUGGGGGUGGCAACUGCGUCUCUCGGCCCUUUCCAAGAACUCUACACUUGGAAGCAGCUCGACUUUGAAUUCCCAACAUCAAAUGCUCGCGAGGCGGCGAUCGCCUCUGGUGACUUUGUUCAGAUCAACAAUCUUCCCGUAGGCAUUGAAAUCUGGAAGGACAAGUUAUUCGUCACGGUACCAAGAUGGAAGAAGGGGGUUCCCUCGAAUUUGAAUUACAUCUCACUGUCGAACACAACCGAUAACAAAUCACCGGCCUUAAUUCCGUACCCGGAUUGGGAAACGAACGACAUCCACCAGACCGGAAAAGAGUCCAUAGUCAACAUCUUCCGGCUGGCGGUCGAUGCUUGCGAUCGAUUGUGGGGUAUCGACGCAGGUUCCGACGACAUUCUGGGCGAAGGUGCCUUGGUUGCUCCGGUUCAGCUGAUCAUCAUCGAUCUGAAGACUGACCAAGUAAUUCGGCGUUACCGUCUCACUGAGGGCGACCAGAGGUUUGAGUCCUUCUUCGCGAACCUGGUGGUCGACGUAGAGGCUGAUGCCUGCGAUCAAGCCUUCGCUUACGUUUCUGACCUCGGUGCCAACGGCCUGGUUGUCUACAGCUGGGAACAGAACAAGUCGUGGAGAGUCGACCACAACUUUUUCGCCUUUGACCCUCUGCACGGUGACUUCAACGUCAGUGGAAUCAACUUCCAAUGGACCGAUGGAAUCUUCGGCAUGGCUCUGAGCCCGUUGCGGAGUGACGGAUCGAAACACUUGUAUUUCCACGCUUUGGCCUCAAUCACUGAGUUCGAGGUGUCAACGACUGUUCUGAAAGACGAAGUACUGGCAACGUCGAACGGGAAUUAUUACCACUUCAAGAGACUCGGUUACAAGGGUGAGCUCAGUCAGUGUACGGCAUCUGUGAUGGAUUGGAAGACCGGAGUGGCUUUCUUCGCAGCUGUGAAUAGGAACGCGAUCGCGUGUUGGAACACUAAGAAAUCGCUGGAUCAGUCCAGCUUCCGUCUUGUUGCCGAAGACAAGGACGCUUUGUUGUUCCCGAACGAUGUCAAGAUCUCCCGAGAUACCAGAGAGCUCUACGUUAUCUCCGAUAAAUUGCCACUGUUUCAAUAUGCUAACAUAGAUCCUCAGCAGGUUAAUUAUCGUAUUCUUAAAACCUCCGUCGAUGAAGCAGCGAAGACUUGUCUGUGAGGGGUUGAAAUUCAUCCAAUUACUGAUUGAUGUGUGUAAUAGUAAUAUGAAAAGUUUACAAUUGAAAAAGUGCUUUGAAAUCGAAAAA